AUGUCAGGUCGCGGAAAUGAUUGGAGAGACUGCCAAAGGUAACUGUGCCGCCGUUCCGAAUAAUCUCAAUGGAACUGUUCCAGAGAAAACAGACGUGAAAACGGAUGUGACCGAGAAGAUGGGAGCAGGUGAGAGAGCUCUAGAGCAAGAGUGCAUUUUAUGCAUCACUUUCAGACCAAACGGCAACAGAAUAUCGGUCGCAAAGCAUGUGUCCGGAAAAAAGCAACCAUACAUGCUUUUUCUAUGUGAUCAAGGCUACCGUCGGUUGGUAUCCAGCUAAAACGUUCGAAAGUAGUCUGCUUUUUCAGAUUCAGGAGCUUGAAUAACGGCGAAAACUACGACAAAAACAAUCAAAACCACUACGAUCAGAUGACACGUCUUUGGCGUGUAUGUUUUAAAUAAUGCACCUUUCUGUGGGCUAAUACCGCAAUAAUAGUGUCGCUUCAAAAUAGAGAUCACGAAACUCAAAAUAAUAUAAUCUUAUUUCCGAGAUUUAGGAGGUGUCACCGGAAAGACGUGCCGAGUACGUCAGAGAAGCCAAAGAGCACAAUGCGAACAGACAUCUGGUUCAGGUGAACUUUUGUUCUUAAUUAUUCUAGCUAAUCUGGAAAUUACAGCAAAAAAAGCAGCAAGACGAUAGAAAAAAUCGAAAUGACAGACUUGUCCGGUCAGAUUACGAACAAAUUCGGAAUGAGCAUCUGGGGAGGGUUCAGGAAAAGCGGCGGGAGGCUAUCCCAGAAACAGUAAAAAUUCCGCCUCGAUUCACAGAAACCCACGUCGCUGGAGAUUUGGAAGUCCUGAUAAAGAGAAAUUUGGAAGCUCUAGAGAUGAGUAUUUAUAUGUUCCGUACAAAAAACCAAGGUUAGUUUUAAAUACGAUUCUUUCACGCAAUCUCUUGUCUAUCGUUUCAGCGAGCACUGUAAAUCCGUUUCUCGAUGAAAAAUUUAUUAUGCAUCUCAUAACGGUGCUACCCUACGACUACAAGUACAAGCACCGUAUUAACUGUAUAACUAGUUACCCAGCCGAAGUCUGUAUAACCACUUUCAACUUGCGAAACGGCGUCGUCUCGAACGACUCACGAUUCGUUAGAAUGGACGCCGCGUGGUAUUGUCAAGAAGAGAGAAUAGAAGAUGAGAGCAGAUGGAGUAAGUUUGCCAUUUUAUUUAAAGUUCGACAUUUUACCCUUUAGCUGAAUAUCUUGGCAUUUCGGAUAGGGAUAUCGGAGAGGAGCCUUCGGAAGUGUACAAGUGGAUAGCCGGAAUUUUGGAUCUGUCCGGUCCGAUUCGAAUUCUGUGCGAUCGGCGUCAGUUCAACUUCGUGGUAUGUCGGAGAUCACACGUGUCGUUAUGGUUUUCAAUUUUUUCUUCAGAUGUAUGGCUUGAGAACUCUCGCGACUUACUCCGGACUCAAUGCCUUGCAUUGGCUCCACACGAACAUUGUCUCGAAGUUGGUUCCGAUUCAAGACUUCACAAGCCUUCUUCUGGACAAAACCCCACUCGACAUCCCAAUUACAAACAAGUGGAAUCACCAGGGAGUCGAGAAUUGCUUCGGAGUGAGCAAAUUAAUUUUUGAAAUCUUUGAAACUGGUUGAUAUUUUAGGAGCACCGUUUGGUUCCGUUUUCCGACCGAGCUUUUGUUUGCGAGUUUCACAGUGAUCUCCCGAGCACGAAGAAGUACAUGUGUGCGAGAGCGCACAACGCUCGCUUACUGUAAGGAAACUGCUGCUUUCUGUGUAUUUAUUGAACUUUCAGUCACCAUUUCUAUUUUAUUCUACACGCAAAUUGCCUGCAAGACUUCCGUGCAGUUUUUUCUCCGACUACUCAUGAACUAUGCAUCGAAGACAAAAACGACGAGAGCUUGCCUGAAAUGUGAGCCGAAGUGUGCAUUGCGAAUUUGAACGUAUGUUUUUAGCCAAAUUGCCAGCACCGUUUCUCGAUCGGUCGAAAUCGAGUGUAGACAAGCAAUGCGGGAAAGGAACGUCAAUGUGGGCGAGGAAGAAGCGGUGCGUGUAGCCGAAGAGCGGAUCGUCGAAGAAAAUGCGGAUGAGGGAGGGGACUCGAUUUUCGCAAACUUGCCCAGUUAGUAACACUUUACGUUGCAAAGUAUUUCAAACCGUUGUUCUAGAUCACUUCAUCAGUGGCUCCAGCUUCGUACCAAACCGUCCGGGUGCCCAAGCGAUUGAUAUGCCGACUGCUGAAAAUCCGGGUCCGAGCGAGCAGCGAGUUCCGAAUUUUGUCUCAAAUGUUGAGGUAAUAGCAAACCAGGCUCCAAUUGUUCGAAAACCGCACAGUUCAGCAGUGGUCGAAGAGUGAGAACUUUGUCUUCAAAAUGGGAAACUUAUCUAUAUUUCUAACAGAUUUGCGAUGAAUUCUGAUGACUACAAAUUCCCGCCAUUGAGAACAGUUGAAAUCCUCGACAGAGAAACUAGCUAUUCCCAGCAUUUGAACAUGCAGUUCGAAAAGGAUACCUCUCGUGGAUACACGCGGUACCGUUGCGUUUGAUCGAUAUCUGUAGUUUGCUUUUUUCAGAGACAGCUAUCGCUUGGAAAUACGAAAAUAG